UGAGAGUCAUAGAGCCUCCGAUGUUUGAUUGCCAGGCAGAGGCAGAGCUUCUCAGUCCCUUCUCUCACUGAGGGCCAAAAGAGGAAAGAAACCUUGACUACUGUAAAUGAAGAGUGAUUUUCUGUUUGUGUUUUGAGCAAUUUGAAUGAUGAGCCACUCCUGCACUCACAAAGAUUUCAACUAUCGCACGUCCUUCCUCCAUCCAGGUAAGGCCCUUCUCCCAUCUCCCCAUGUUUCUCUCCCUGCAAAAAAUAGAGUUUUUCUUCAGGGGUUUAAGCUCUAUUGCCAUACAAACACUCUCUCUCCUUUGAAAACCUUUAAAGGAAUCAGAAGCAGGAGAUAUGGUGGGUGCAUUCCAUCUGUCCUCCAUGCUCUCGAGAGAGAAGCUGACUUAGACAAAGCUCUCAGUCCUUGGGUUGAGAAACUCAGCCCAAAAGAGCAAACCCUAAUCCUCAAAGAGCAAAGGGACUGGAACCGAGCACUCUCUGUGUUCAAAUGGUUCAAGUCUCAAAGAGACUAUAUCCCUAAUGUGAUUCACUGCAAUGUUUUACUUAGAAUAUUGGGUAGGGCUCAGGAAUGGGACCAACUUAGGCUUUUCUGGAUUGAAAUAGCAAAAGAUGGUGUUUCUCCCACCAAUAACACAUAUGCAACUCUUAUUGAUGUUUAUGGAAAGGCCGGGUUAUCAAAAGAGAGUCUUCAAUGGCUAAAACACAUGAAAACCAGAGGAAUAUUCCCUGAUGAGGUCACUAUGAGCACGGUUGUUCACAUUCUUAAAGAAGCACAGAAAUUUGAUCUCGCUGAGAAAUUCUUUGACGAUUGGUGUGCAUCAAAAAUGGAUUUGGAAGCCUUAGAAUCGGUUAACUCGAACGAAACAGAGAUGGGUGCAAAGUAUUUCUUAUCGACUGAGCUUUUCAAGGCCGGAAAGCUCCCAUUUUCUCAACGUUUUACCAGUAAAUAUCCUGAUAGUAAUUCCAGCAAUGAGGGUCAGUUGUCUUUGUCCAAUGCGGAAGAGAUUUCUACGAGGAAGCCCCGGCUCACUUCUACAUUUAACACUUUGAUCGAUUUGUAUGGAAAGGCCGCCAAGUUAAAGGAUGCUUCUGCUACAUUCUCUGAGAUGUUAAGAUCUGGUGUUAUGCCUGAUCUCGUGACUUUCAAUACCAUGAUUCAUAUUUGUGCAUCAAAUGGGCACACAUUGGAAGCUGAAGCCUUGUUUGAUAAAAUGGAAGAGAGAAGAAUUUCACCUGAUGUAAUGACGUUCAACACAUUCAUAGAUAUGUACUCAAAAUCUGGAGAUACCCAGAAAGUCUUGGAUAUUUAUAGGAAGAUCAAAGAGGCGGGUCUUCACCCAAAUGCCGUAACCCACCGGACGAUUCUCCAUAACUUUAGUGAGAGAAGGUUGGUACAAGAAGUAGAGUCAAUGCUUGAAGAGAUGGACCGAUUGGGUAUAGAUAUAGAUGAGCAAUCAGUACCUGUAAUUAUGAAGAUGUAUAUUGAUUUGGGGCAGCUAAAUACAGCCAAGGCCUUUUUAGAGAAAUUCAACCUGUCAAGUCGGGUAUCAAUCUCUUCUAGAACAUAUGCUGCCAUUAUAGAUGCCCUUGCUGAGAUGGGUCAUUGGUCUGAAGCCGAGGCCAUCUUCGUGGGUGUUCGAGGUUCAGGAAACAAGAAGGAUGUAUCUGAAUAUAAUGUCAUGAUAAAGGCCUAUGGCAAUGCAAAGCUUUAUGAUAAAGCUUUAUCCUUGUUUGAGGGGAUGAAAAGCCAUGGAAUUUGGCCAGAUGAGUGCACUUAUAACUCUCUUAUUCAAAUGCUUUCUAGUGGAGAUUUAUCCGAUAGUGCAAGGGAAACCCUAGGCAAGAUGCAAGAAGAAGGGUUCAAGCCUCAAUUGUCUACUUUUUCCUCUGUUUUAGCAAGCUUUGCUCGUACUGGGCGAGCUGCUGAGGCAGUACAAAUCUAUCAAGAAAUGCUUAGAAGUGGUGUUUCACCCAAUGAAAUUGUGUUUGGGGCCUUAAUAAAUGCUUAUGCGGAAGCUGGCCAAGUUAAGGAAGCCCUUGAUUAUAUCCAUAAAAUGGAACUAUCAGGCUAUCCUGCAAAUAAUGUGGUUUAUACAUCUGUGAUAAAGGGGUAUAGUAAAGUAGGUCUUUGGAGAGAAGCCCAGGAGUUAUACCAAAAGAUGAGGGAUCAUGGGGAUGGUCCAGAUAUCAUAGCAUCAAAUACCAUGAUUAAUCUUUAUGCUGAUCUGGGAAUGGUACAUGAGGCAAAAUUCAUAUUUGAUAGCUUGAGGAGAAGUGGUCGGGCUGAUGGGGCAUCUUUUGCAUGCAUGAUGUGCAUGUAUAAGAGCAUGGGCAUGCUAGAUGAAGCCAUAGAAGUUGCUGAAGAGAUGCAAGAGUCAGGGCUUUUAACUGAUUGUGAAUCUUUUAAUAAUGUUAUGGCCUCUUAUGCAAUUAAUGGGCAGUUAAGAGAGUGUGCUAAGCUCUUUUACCGUAUGUUCUCUGAGAAAAUUUUGCCAAAUAAAUCCACUUUUAGGGUAAUCUUUACGGUUUUAAAGAAAGCGGCUCUUCCAUUAGAGGCAGUUACUCAGCUCGAACUGGCAUAUAAUGAUGGGAAACCAUAUGCGAGGCAGGCAAUAGCAGCGCUUCUUUAUUCAGUCAUGAGAAUGCAUGAAUUUGCACUUGAAUCUUGUGAAAUUUUCAUGAAAGCCGAAAUGGCUCUUGAUAGUUUUGCAUAUAAUGUUGCUAUUUAUGCAUAUGGAGCCUCGGGGCAGAUGGACAAGGCAUUUAGUGUUUCCAUGAAAAUGCAAGAUGUGGGUAUCGGGCCUGAUAUUGUUACUUACAUUAACUUGGUAAUUUGCUAUGGAAAAGCAGGACUAGUUGAAGGUAUCAAAAGGAUAUAUAGCAAAAUGAAAUACCGGGAGAUUGAUCUUAAUGAAUCCCUCUUUUGGGCUACUGUAGAUGCUUAUAAGGAGGCCGGAAGAAAGGAUCUUGCUGAGUUGGUUAAUCGGGAAAUGAAGUUCAGUUUUGACCUAGAAGAAGAAGAAGAAGAAGAAGAAGAAGAAGAAGAAGAAGAAGAAGAAGAAGAAGAAGAAGGGUCUCAUGAUGAAGAAUUCUAUUCUGAGCGUGACGAUAGUGAAAGUGUUGUAUAGGCUUUAAAACAGAGUGGCAGUGUUUGUCGUAUAAUUUAGUGUGUUACUUUUAAUAUGCGCUAAUUCUUGAUAGGAAGUGGCUUGCUUACAUUGGUGCCCAUUGGAGCAGAUUUAUUGUGUUCUUGGCUUCAACUUCUUUUUCGAUGGGUCAAAGACAAAAGCUUCAAGUCGCAGUAGGUGCCAUCGUAAAAGUGAUAAUGGUGACCACUCCGUAAUUUUGCAUGAGAAACCAGCAUUAAGUCUUUUCAAGAUGAACUCAAAGAAAUAUAUUUUGAGUCGACAAAUGGUUUGUGGUGAUAAUCAUCGCAAGAUACUAAAUUUAUGGUCUAUGAUAUCUAGAUACAUCUUCUGAAGGGACCCUGGCAUCAUACUUGUUUGUGAAUUGACAUGUUUCUGAAGGAACAGAUACAAUGUGGCGCUUCUUUUCAAAUAUCUUGUUACUUUGCUUUUUCUCCACAUGCUAUUGUAAAUUUAAAUGGAUCAAUAGAAAGGUUUUUGAAUAUGAUGUUAAUCUUA